AUGAACCCCUUUUGUGAAACAACAAAGCUCCCGUAUUUACUUCCAGCAAAGCAUCAUCUUACUCACCUUAUUAUAUUAGAUGCUCAUGAACGCCAACUACACCCCGGAGUAAGUGUAAUAAUAACAUACUUACGUCAAAAAUUUUGGAUUCCGUCAAUCCGCCAGGUAGUGAUAAUUAGAAAAUGCGUCAUUUGCCGUAAAACAGAUGGGAAACCAUACAACGCUCCGGAUCCACCACCUCUUCCCAAAUAUAGAGUUGACGAUGCUCCACCUUUCUCAGUCACAGGAGUUGAUUUUACUGGCGCUUUAUACGUAAAAGAUAAAACCGGAAGUGAGACAAAAGCAUACAUCUGUCUAUUCACAUGUGCAUCAACUAGAGCCGUACACUUAGAACUAGUUCCCGAUUUAUCUGAAGAUUCAUUUCUUCAAGCAUUCCGAAGAUUUUGCAGUCGUAUGUCCGUGCCUAAGAUCAUGAUUUCAGACAAUGCUUCGACUUAUAUGGCAGCAGCUAACCACAUCAAACGCCUGUUUGAGUCUGAUUCCCUGCAAUCAACACUUAGUCACAAGGGUACACAGUGGCAGUUUAUUCCUAAACGUUCAACAUGGUAUAGCGGUUGGUGGGAAAGACUUAUUGGCCUGACAAAAACAACAUUAAAAAAGAUUCUUUGA